CGCUACAUAAAGUCAACAAUUACGCCGAAUCCCCUCUUACGAAUGAAGUUAUUCUAUUAGCGGUGUGCGGCCAAGUGUUAGGAGAUCCUCGUUACGUUGUUAGUUAACUUCGUUUAUGGUAAAGCAAUCAUCUUAACUCUUCUAGUAACUCAGGCCCAUCAGAAUGGUUCGCGCCGCCACCCUUUCCGUCUUCGUCGCCAAUAGUUUAGCUUGGCUGGCUUCGGCGGAGGAUUCGUUGUAUAGCAAACGUUUAUCGAAGCGUUUCAUUGAUGCAAAUGGCAACUACAAUAUCUCGUUUUACCACAUCAAUGAUGUCCACGCACAUCUGGACCAAUUCUCCUCGUCGGGGACCGACUGCACAAAUCCUUCAAAGGGCUGUUACGGAGGAUAUGCACGUGUCAAGACGAUCAUCGAAGACACGAGGCCCGAACAUAACGACAGCUUAUGGCUAAAUGUGGGCGAUGAGUUCCAGGGGACGCUAUUCUACUCUUUCUAUGGCGGAGAGAAGAUCGCGGAUACUCUCAACCAGUUAGGGUUCGAUGCCAUGACUCUAGGGAACCAUGAGUUUGACGGUGGUGAUGAUCAGCUAGGGGAUUUCAUCAAGAACUUGACAUUUCCAGUCAUAUCCGCGAAUAUCGUUUCGGACAACGAGAAGUUGAACUCAACUAUUAAGCCGUAUCACAUUUUUGAGGAAUACCAACUCGCCGUCAUUGGCGUCACAACCGAGACUACGGCUAGCAUUAGCGACCCCGGCGCAGGUACCAAAUUCACGGACGCCAUCGCUGCUGUCCAAGCUUCGAUCGACGAGAUUCGUAGUACAACAAACAUCACCCGUAUUGCAGCUAUCACCCAUAUCGGGUACGACCAGGACAAACUUUUAGCCCAGCAGACGACUGGCUUACACCUGAUCAUGGGCGGUCACAGUCAUACGCUUCUUGGAGACAUGGAGGGUGCCCAAGGCCCUUACCCUACCAUCGAGACAAACAAGGACGGUGAUGAGGUUUUCAUCGUCACAGCUUAUAGAUGGGGGGAGUACUUGGGCUAUAUCGACGUUACUUACGACGCAGAUGGCAAGAUUCUUGCCUACCACGGCGCCCCAAUCCAUCUUACAAAUACCACCAAGCAAGAUGAAGGUCUUCAGGCGCAGAUUGAUGAGUGGAGAAAGCCAUUUGAAGCAUACGCUGGCGAAAAGGUUGGUAGCACGAACAUCGUGCUCGACCAAUCCACUUGCCAGCAGCAAGAAUGCACCCUAGGCGAUUUAGUUACCGACGCCAUUCUUCAAUAUCGUCUCGACGCCGGCAGCGAUGCCACUUUCGCACUUGUGAACGCGGGUGGCAUCCGCGCGACCAUCGAACAGGGAGACAUCACGCGAGGGCAAGUGCUAACGUCGUUCCCGUUCGGCAAUGCCGUAGUCGAAGUCAGUUACAGCGGCGCAGACUUGUGGAAGAUCUUCGAGGGCCUCGUAAGCGAGGUCAACCAAUUCAACCAAAAGGCAGUUACCAGCUUCUUCCAGGUCAGUCGAGGCAUCAAGGUCGAGUAUAACCCCACCAAUGCCGUCGGUCAACGUCUGGUCCGCCUUACGAUUGGCGAUAAGCCUGUCGACACAGGGGCUCAGUAUAAGAUCGUCACGGCUGAUUUCGUGGCUGGUGGAGGUGAUAACAUCGUGUUGCCAGUUGAGGAUCUAGUUGUCCUGGAUACCAUGGAAGAAGUACUGGAAAGCUAUAUCGGGAAACAUAGCCCGAUCGAUUUCGAGCUCGAGGGUAGAAUUGCUGUUGUUGAAGGUAGUGCUAAUAGCACAAACACGGGAAAUGGGAGCAAUUCAACCGUGUCAACGAGAGCCCCGAGCAGUGCUGAGCGAGUAGGCGGCGUGACAUCGUCGAUCGUCUUGUUAGUCUUUACAGCUCUGUUAGCUGUUGUAGUUUCGGCAUAGAAUAUUCAAGAUUCUAUCAUUAGCAGCAGUUUUCAUAGCUGGGAGAUUAGCUACCUAGCUACCUAGGUAGGUAGCUUUAGAUAAA